CUAACUGAUGAACUGAAUAAAGUAGAUGAGAAGCUAAAAGCUACUGAAGCUCUUCUGGAAAGCAAGAACCUAGAGAUUAAGAAGAUAAAUGAUGAGAAAAAGGCAUCUUUGGCUGCACAAUUUGCCGCAGAAGCAACCCUUCGAAGAGUCCAUGCUGCUCAGAAAGAUGAUGAGAUGCCUCCUAUUGAGGCCAUAAUUACUCCACUGGAGGCAGAGCUAAAACUAGCUCGGUUGGAGGUGGCAAAGUUGCAAGAUGACAACAGAGCACUUGAUCGCCUUACCAAAUCUAAGGAGGCUGCUUUGUUGGAGGCCGAGAGAACUGUUCAGAUGGCUUUGGCGAAAGCAGCCUUGGUUGAUGAUCUACAAAACAAAAACCAAGAGCUAAUGAAGCAGAUAGAAAUAUGCCAGGAGGAGAAUAAAAUCUUGGACAAAAUGCAUCGGCAAAAGGUUGCAGAGGUUGAAAAACUAACCCAAACUGUUCGUGAGCUCGAGGAGGCUGUUUUGGCUGGAGGGGCUGCUGCCAAUGCUGUGCGUGAUUACCAGAGAAAAGUGCAAGAGAUGAAUGACGAGAGAAGAACUCUGGACAGAGAACUAGCUCGCGCAAAGGUUACAGCAAAUCGGGUUGCUGUUGUAGUUGCAAAUGAUUGGAAGGAUGCCAAUGACAAAGUAAUGCCUGUAAAGCAAUGGCUUGAAGAAAGAAGAUUCUUUCAGGGAGAAAUGCAACAGCUUCGAGACAAACUUGCAAUAGCAGAGCGCACCGCAAAGGCUGAGGCACAGAUGAAAGAAAAAUACCAGUUACGAUUUAAAGUUUUGGAAGAUAAGCUUAAAGCAUCUCUUAAUGGUAUUUCCCGAACUCCCAGCAAAGGAAGAGGCAUAAGCAAUGGACACUCACGACGCCAAUCUCUUGGUGGAGUGGUGGAGAAUUUGUCCAGAACACCCUCGAACGGUUUUUUGUCAACGAAAACAAAUGGUCAAUCUGGGUCCUUCCGGUCCAAUAGUGCUAGUGCAUUAUUAAAGCAUGCGAAGAUUUCAACAAGAUCAUUUGAUGGUGGAAGCAAAUCAGUGGAUAGGGAUAAGUCAGUUCCGAAUACAAUUGAGAAAGAUGACAGACCCAUUGAUGCCGGUGAUCAUAUCCAAAGUAGUGAGAUGUUUUAUUCACACGAGGGGAAUGGAAAUGGGAAUGGGAUUACCAUUGACAAAACAAAAAUAGAACAUGAAGAUUAUGUUUCUGGAAUGUUGUAUGAUAUGUUACAGAAAGACAUCAUAACUUUGAGGAAAGCUUGCCAUGAGAAAGAUCAGAGCCUUAAGGACAAAGAUGAUGCAAUUGAGAUGUUGGCAAAGAAGGUCGAAACAUUAAAUAAAGCAAUGGAAGUUGAGGCCAAAAAGAUGAGGAGAGAAGUAGCUGCCAUGGAAAAGGAAGUUGCUGCAAUGCGUAUUGGCAAGGAGCAAAAUCGAACGGCACAACGCCUCAGUGCUCCCCGUGGAGCUGUAAAUGGUGUUCAGUUGCAUUCAUCAAGGAAUACUCGAAAUUUGUAGGUAGCAGCAGAUGGGUGAUCAUUUCCAAUGCUAGAGAAUGUCAUACUGAAGUUCAUUUGUGCAGUCAAUAGGUUGUAUGCAUUUAUAAUGAUUUUUUUUCCCUCAUGUCUUCCACUUGGCCAUCUUGUUUCGUUUUCUCAGCCAACUGGUAGAUUUGUAGAGAACUGACUUCAAUACAGAUCUUGUUGUAUAUUUGUGUACUAAUGGUAUUAUUGAAGAAUUUAUCCCUCAA